UGUAUCGAUAAGCCGCAAAAGUCGCAGUGAAAGAAAAAGUUUGUUGAUUUGUUGAAUUCCACGAAAGAGAGUGAUUAAUUAAGGAAACUAAAGCCAGCAACAAAAUGAUGGACGGCACGGAUGACUCAAACCUGCUGAACAGUCCCUCUGCGACCAACAACAAUGGCUCUACCAUGGAAAUAGUCUCGCCCACCAACCCGCUGGCGAAUCCUCUGGCCAGCCCAGCAGCGGCACCUGCCACAAAUGGCAGUGGAUCUGCCACAUCGCCGGACAGCUCCUCAUCCGCACCGGCCACGCCCGCUGCUCCCGUUGCCCUGGGCGAGAACGCCCUCCAUGUGGAGAUAUCCGAUGCACUGAGCGAAAAGGAAAAGGUCAAGUUCACAGUGCACACACGCACCACGCUGCCGGGUUUUGCGAAAAAGGACAAUAAUGUGGUGCGUCAGCAUGAGGAGUUUGUGUGGCUGCACGAUCGCAUCGAGGAGAACGAAGACUAUGCCGGCUACAUUAUUCCACCCUGUCCGCCGCGUCCGGACUUUGAUGCGUCGCGCGAAAAGCUGCAGCGUUUGGGCGAGGGCGAAGGCAACAUGACCAAAGAGGAGUUCAAGAAGAUGAAGUCGGAGCUGGAGGCCGAAUACCUUGCUACCUUCAAAAAAACCGUCGCCAUGCACGAAGUGUUCCUCCGUCGACUGGCCAGUCAUCCCGUCUUUCGCGUGGACCAGCAUCUCAAGGUAUUCCUGGAGUACGAUCAGGAUUUGUGCGCCAAGCCGCGCAAGAAGAUGGCCAUUUUCGGUGGCUUUGUAAAGUCGCUGGGCAAGACCACCGACGAGAUUCUGCUCAGCGCCACGGUGCGAGAUGUGAAUGAUUUUUUUGAGAACGAGCUGCAAUUCCUCACCGAAUACCAUGGGCAUUUGCGUGAGGCAGCCAUCCGUACAGAGAAGAUGACACAGCGGCACAAGGAUGUGGGCGAUAGCCAUCAGAAGAUAUCGAAUGCCUUGACCCAGCUGUCGACCACCGAGAAGGGCAAUGUGGAGACCUUUGUGGCCAAGACAGCAGAGAUAUUUGAGAGAAUUAAGAAUCUGGAGACCCGUGUGGCCAGCGAUCAGGAUCUCAAGCUGGGCGACACUUUGCGCUACUAUCAAAGGGACAGUGAUGCUGCCAAGGCCUUGCUAAUCCGACGCCUGCGAUGCCUGGCUGCCUAUGAGACGGCCAAUCGUAAUCUGGAGAAGGCCCGUUCCAAGAACAAGGAUGUGCAUGCGCCCUUGGAGGUGCAAGAGGCUGAGACUGCCCAGGCGGAGGCCUGCGAAAAGUUUGAAUCGAUGUCUGCCUGCGGCAAGGAAGAGCUGAUUGGCUUUCGCAAUCGACGGGUGGCGGCUUUCAAGAAGAGCCUUGUUGAGCUCUCUGAGCUAGAGAUCAAGCAUGCCAAGACCCAGUAUGAAUAUCUGCGCCAAUCGCUGCUGGCGCUAAAGGAGAUUGCCUGAGAGGACGAGGUGGUUAAUGAAUGAGUCCAGGAGAUGGAAGUAAAUCAAUUGUUUAAUUGCUAAGCAAACAGUUUAUUAUUAUUGCCAUUGAGUGCAACAUUUAUUAUCUUAGCCACACACACACACAUGUAUUUGUAUUGUAACGAAUAACCAUUUGUUUUUUGUGAACACAGAGCGCUUUUAUAUAUUUGUGAAACAAGCAUUCCUCUCUCUGAAGCAUUACCUAUAAAAUACAUAUAAAUAAAUGGAAAUAAAUGAGAAAGUAUUGUACAGAA